UCAAUGUCGUAACGAAACGACAAAACUGUACCUGUUGUUUGCGCAUAGUACCGGUUAAGGUUUAUAUGAGAAAACCUACUCGGUCAUUUCCAGUUGAAUGGCCGCAGUAGCCGCGCGGAGACGCUAAGAAAAAAAAACAAAAAUUCUAAAAAUAACUUUGGAACAAGUUUUUUUAAGAAUCUAGAAUGUUAUCAUUGGGUAGAAUAUUGAGAUGUGCGAUUGUUUUGUUAAUAGCAGACGGCACUAUGGUCAAUUUUAGGGUGCUUGCUCGAGCGAUGUCCACCGUGGCGAAAUCUUUUGAGGUCAACCAAGUGGUGCCUGAUGUUGUGCCGAAGGCGCCCGCUGCACUAGUCAAGGUGGUAUUCCCCAGCGGCGUGGAGGUGAAGGAAGGCAAUGAGUUGACCCCGACCCAGGUCAAAGAUGUCCCUACGGUCACAUGGGAUGCUAGCCCGGACCAGUUGUACACUCUGGCUAUGACAGAUCCCGACGCGCCUUCCCGCCAAGACCCUAAGUUCCGCGAAUGGCACCACUGGCUAGUUGGCAACAUCCCUGGCGGCAACGUAUCCGCUGGAGAAACCUUGUCGGCUUACGUGGGUUCUGGCCCGCCACCAAACACUGGCCUCCAUCGCUACGUAUACCUGGUGUACAAGCAACCCUCCAAGCUUAAUUUCGACGAACCUCGUUUAACUAACACGUCUGGUGACAACCGUGCGAAAUUCUCCAUCUCCAAGUUUGCCCAAAAAUAUAACCUCGGUGACCCGAUAGCCGGCAACUUCUACCAAGCUCAAUACGAUGACUACGUACCCUUGUUGUAUAAGCAACUUGGCGAAUAAACCCAACUUGAACCUGUGUGUUUGGCGAUAAAAGACCUUAUUUUAAAGUCCAGUGCGACCAAGAUCUUUUGGCAUUUUUAUGACAUUGGCAAGGGGGUGGUGCUGAUGAGUGGUGAAAUGAGUAUUACGAAUUAUGUCAAAUCUCAUCACUAAAAGGAUCUUUGUACAUAAUUUAGAAUAUCUCGGAAAGAGUAAUAGCAAAUAGAAAAAGCUUUAUCACAUCUCCAUCUGAAAAUAAAAGGCUUAUUAUACCUCAAAUUAGUUCGAAAUUCGAUCACGCGCCAGUAGAUUUUGGUCACACUGUAUUAAGGUUUUUUUGUCAUUAGUAUAGGUGAAAAGACUUUGGCUAUUUACUGAUCCAACCUAUUUUGAAGAUUGGCAUAGACACGAAGAAUGGAUUGAGAGACACGUAUAUGAAAUUGGUACCUUUAGACAGAGAAAAAACAACUAAUAAGUGGUCUAUAGCCCGCCCAGUCGCUU